AUGGCUUCAGCCGCUGCGAAUGCUAUGAAAGCAGCUGCAAAUACAGCUGGCAAGGCGGCGGGUAGAGCUUCAGCCAAGGGUUCACCAGCGGAUCGGACGUUGCAGAAGGGUGCAAAAAGAGACCCCGAGCUAUACGUAGGACGAUCUCAAUCCUUAUCGUCGUCGUGCUGUUCUGAUAAAGUCUCCACUACACAGAUCCUCCUUGGCAUCAUGUCUGGUGCUUUCUGCUUAGCAGGCUACUACUUCGGUCGCAAACCUACAUCUGCUACCUCCGAAGCCGAGAUUUCUGUGGCCAAUAGCUCUAUGCCAUGGCAGACUGACGACCAUGACCACGAGGAUGAUUCGAAGCAAUUCAAAUAUCGAUACCACCCAAGGGGAGAUAAGAGUCAGGCACCCAAAAAUGCCCCCAGUGCCCUGAAUACUGUCAUUAUCCCAAAUGUGACGUUACCAAAGGAGCUUCAUGACAUGUUCAACAAAUGGGGCAAGGAUGGUUACUAG